AUGACACCACCAGCUACCAACGGUACUUCUCGUCGUGAGAAACCUCCACAAACAUUACCAGAUGACAAGGCUUAUGAUGACUUUAAAUCUAGCAGUUCAGUCCAUUAUAGUGCACAAGGCCACGGUGGUGGUUAUGCCGCUCUACGAGACCAUUUCUACAAUCAAGAUACCGCUUUUGGAGAUGAAAAACGUUCAACUUUGGGUCUUCGAGGUCUUUUACCUCCAACCCAUCAAAGCUUAGCAACACAAGUUCAGCGAACAUUGCAUCAAUUGCGUUCCAAAAAGACUGAUUUGGGCAAGUACAUCUUCCUCACUUCACUACGUCAAACCAACGUUCGUCUAUUCUAUGCAACAAUUAUGCAAAAUGCGGAAGAGUGUCUGCCUCUAAUCUAUACACCCGUUGUGGGAGAAGCUUGCCAAAAAUUUUCACGCAUUUAUCGUCGUCCUGAAGGUUUGACAAUCUCUCUCGAGGACAAGGGCAAAGUAGCAGAAGUGAUUGAUAACUGGCCAGUGCCAGCAGGUGCUCCUCGUAUUGCCGUUUUGACAGAUGGUAGUCGUAUUUUGGGUUUGGGUGAUCAAGGAUGGGAUGGUUUGGGAAUUUCGAUCGGUAAAUUGAGCUUGUAUGUGGCAGCAGCUGGUAUCCACCCUCGUGCAACGGUCCCAAUCUGUGUGGACUUGGGUACCGAUAACAAGGAAAAGCUUGAAGAUCCUCUCUACCUCGGUCUUCGCCGUGAACGUGCCGGUGAUGAUGAAUAUCAUCCAUUCAUGGAUGAAGUCAUGGAUGCUCUCAAUAAGAAGUAUCCCAACUUGAUCGUACAAUUCGAAGAUUUCAGCACAGAACGUGCAUUCCACUUCCUCGAACGCUAUCAAAAGACACACCGUGUAUUCAACGAUGAUAUUCAAGGUACCGGUGCUGUUGUCUUGGGUGGAUUUGUCAAUGCAGCUCGUUUGAGCAGUAAAGCUUCUGGACGCCCAUUGCACGAUCAACGCAUCUUGUUCUUCGGUGCCGGAAGUGCAGGUGUUGGUGUUGCAACCCAACUCAAGAGCUUCUUCACCCGUCAAGGCUUGAGCGAUGAUGAAGCUCGUGAACGUAUUUGGCUUUGCGAUUCGAAGGGUUUGGUAACCAAGGAUCGUGGAGACAAGCUGCCCGAGCACAAGAUUCACUUUGCCCGUGAAGACAAUGAAGGCAAGCAAUGCAAGUCGUUGAUUGAAGCUGUUGAUUAUAUCAAGCCAACUGCAAUUAUUGGUUUGAGCACCGUUCCAGACACGUUUACGGAAGAAGUCUUGGGCCGUAUGGCAGAGUUGAACAAACGCCCAAUCAUCUUCCCUCUCAGUAACCCUAGCCAUCUAUCCGAAUGUAACUUCGAGACCGCCAUCAAGGCAACAAAGGGUACUGCAAUCUUUGCAUCAGGAAGUCCUUUCCCUGAACUUGACUACGAAGGAAAGCACUACAUUCCUGGACAAGGCAAUAACCUUUACGUAUUCCCCGGUAUCGGUCUUGCAGGUGCAUUGAGUAAAUGCGGACAUAUCAGCGAUGAAAUGAUUACCGAAUCUGCUUUGGCUUUAGCAGACAGUGUGAAUGACGAAGAAAAGGCGGAAGGUCGAAUUUAUCCUUCGCUCAAGAGAAUGCGUGAUAUCUCAAGAGAUGUUUCCGUUCGAGUUAUUCAAAUGGCCAACAAGCAAGGCUUCACCCGUGAUAAUGGAUAUACAAAGGGCAUGGAUGAUGAAGAAUUGAAGCAUUGGGUCGAGGGUGAGAUGUGGCAACCAACUUACGAAUCUUUCGCUGCUUAG